CGGAUGUUGCAGAAAAUUUUUUGAUAUUUUUUCACUAUUUUUGUUUUUACAUGUUUUAUUAAAAUAAUGCAUCAAAAGUGAUCAUCAAAUUGCGUCACAAAAAAGUAAGAUUAAUGAGUAAGUGAUUUAUACAACAAAAUGGCAAGUACAUCAGCAUCAGAUAAAUUUUCAAGGAGGAGAUGCGUAAAGAAAAAUGCUAAAUAUUUCAGCGAUCAGUUUGUCAAUAGUUCUGAGACUUUGAUAAGGACCAAUGAUAACUCAAGUGCUCCUGAACAAAUCAAAACAGUUGAAAUCAAAUCUGAUAUUAAAUCAAGGGGCAAUAAAAGGAAGUCUGAUGGAAGGAGGAAAACAACAAACAAGCGACAGAAACAAGAAGAAAAUAGGGGAAAACAAGAAGAUAAAAGACAAAAACAAGAAGAUGGUAGGGAAAAACAAGAGGAUAAUAGAGAAAUAAGUGUUCAACAUAAAGUGACAGAAACAUCAAAUAAGGAUGGUGAUGUUGCUGUUAAAAAAGAUAAAGUAAAUGAUGUUGCGAAACAAAAUUCUGUGGAAGAGAAAGAUCUUGCCGAUUUUGGUCAUGAUAAUGGACAAAAAUCUGAUGUCAAAGUAAAAGAUAGAAACAAAGAAAUUUCAGUGAGUGGUGAUAAUGUGUCAAAUCUAGAACCUAUUGAAGGCAGUAAAAGUGACAAUACUCACAUUAAAACUAAUGAUCCUGAUAAUACAGAAGAAAACAAUUUGGAUGAUAAGAACAGCAGAGACAAUAAACGAACAUUUGCUGCCAACCUUGAUCUCAUGUCAACUAGCUCUAUUUCUCCAUUGUUGCCAGAGAGGAAAUCCAAGAUGAAGGAUGCAAAGUUUUCUGAAAGAGCUCUAAAUAUGGUAGAAGACACUUGGGGAACUUCUAACCCUUUUGAUGAGUUAACAGUUGGUUUCUGUAUAUUUUGUAAGACCAAGCUAGACCAGGCAUAUUGCAAGCAACACAUAAUAGAAGAGCAGAACAAGCUUCUAGUUCAUGAGGCUCAGGAGGGGAAAUCAAUGUUCAGAUGCUGUAAAGAUGGAUGUGAGGUGAUGAGCUCAUCACGAAAGGAACUGAACAUACAUGUAUCCAAAUGUCAACCUUGUAGUGAAAUUGACAACCAACUGAAGAACUUAUCUAAUAAGCGCUAUAAGUGCAGGGAAUGUGGCUAUAGCUGCAGUGCCAGAAGCACUGUACUACAACAUACUGUCAAGCAUACUGGAGAAAGACCCUUUCAGUGUUCAAAGUGUCUAUUAAGGUGGAAGUUCAUAGCUCAAUGUCUAGCCCAUGAGCGAACUCAUAAAGGGGAAAAGAUAUUCAAAUGUACAAAAUGUGACAAAGCAUUUUAUACUAGAGAUGAACUUGAAGUACAUACCUCUGAACAUACUGGGAUUCUACCAUUCCAAUGUAGUAUUUGUAAGAAGGGGUUCUCCUUAAAGAAGAGGGCAGCUCGUCACUACAAGACCAUACAUGAUACCAGCCAAGUAUAUAACUGCAAGGAUUGUGACCUUACAUUCAACAGUUACAACGAAUUCAUGAAACAUAAAAACAGUCAUAAUGGAAAACUCAAAUGUGAUAUGUGCGAUGCUGUGUUUUCAAGCAAAGGCACUUUACGUCGACACGAAACAACAAUUCAUCAAACUGAUAAUAAGCAGAGUAACAAGAUAGAGAAAUAUGUCAAGAAUUUAGAGAAGAGAUCUAUUAAUAUUAAGACCAAACCUCUGUUCUCACAACUACAGACUAUACCAAAGUUAUUUCCUUCCCACAGAACAAACUUUCAACCAAUAACAAAGAAGAUAAUCAACGUCAUGGAACCAAACCUGAACACAGUCUGUUUAUCGUUACAAGGUCCAGCUAAUGAUGAUGUUGAAAAUGUCAUGAUUAAAAUUGGGAAGAAAAGCGAGGAUGGAUUGCAGUAUGUUUUUCUCGUGUUUCCAGAUAACACAUCAAUGGAUAUCCAGCAUUUAUUCACUGAUAUGCUUGAGAAGCAGCCUGAAUUGCUACAGAUGCUUGAAACUCCUACUACUUUCAAUCAGGACUCUGAGUCAUAUGCGACGAUACUUAUCAAACGGCCUCCUAAACCUGAUAAUGAAAAGGCUAAAGGCGAUCAUGAACCUGUUGAUCAGAUAAAUCCACAUGCUGAGACAAAAGGAAACACCAUUGAGUUAUGUGGAGAGAAGGGUAAUGUCAAAGGUGCACUUGUUAAUAAAUUGAUUUCACAAAUAGACACGAGAGGAAGCCUUGAACAGUCGGUGUCUGAGUUAAGCGGAGAUUCUACACAGCACAUUGUUGCACAAACCACAAUUGUAGCACAUAGUGAAGCUGCAGCACAACAUGCUGUACCUCAAUACACAGCUGCAGCACAGCAUGUUGUAACACAAUACACAGCUCCACCACAAAGUGAAGUUGCAGCACAACAUGCUGUAACACAAUACACAGCUGCAGCACAUAGUGAAGCUGCAUCAGAACAAUUACAAAGGGAUUUUCAAGAGAAAUAUGCCAAUUUGAUAAGUGUGAUGGAUUCAUCAGGCUUUUUAGAAUAACUUUUUGAUGUUGAUAUGGUGACAUAUUGUUAUAGUCUCCAACUUUUUGUGGCAGCAGUUGGUGUUCGGUAGUUGGUGUUCGUCGUGUUGGUGUAACAAAUGGAAGGUGGUGACAUUUUGCAUGUUAAUGGCUUGUUAAGAAUAACUGUUGAUUGUUUAAAGG